CCGCAUUCCGCUAAGCGCAGUCAGCUGGAGCUCGAGUUGAAGAGGGCACCGUCGCGUCUGUGAGGACACCUCUUUCAGUCACUCCUGGGGGAAUACCGGAGCGAAGCCAGCGAGCGGGAUGCCGUACAUGUUCGUCAGCACACAGAUUCGACUGGAGAACGGUCCGACAAAUGUGGGGGAUGAAUUUUCGGAUCCAGUGGUCAUGAAUUACCUGGGAGCGAGGAAAACGACUAUGCUGGGGAACAAUUUUUCCGAGUAUCACGUGGAUGACCCGCCUCGCCUGGUGCUGGACAAGCUGGAGAAGAUUGGCUUCCGUGUGGUGUCCAUGACAGGUGUGGGACAGACACUGGUGUGGUGUCUUCACAAGGAGAUGGAGUGAUGGAUCACAAAGAUACCGUAUUGGGAGGGCGGGUACUUGUAUAAGCCUUUAAAGGGAUAAAUGAAUUCUGCAGAAUAUCCCUGCUUUUACUCUAUACAUUCUACAUUCAAGAUAUUGGCAGCUAUAAGGUAAUGCCAUAGUCAAACAAAAGUAAAGUUGAGAUUAUCCCUUACAUAAGGUCUCAGAUUAGAUGAUAGGUCACCAGAUUCAGGGGAUUACUGAAACUACAUUCCAGGGGUUAGCCUUUGUCAAUACUGUUUAGCACUGGUGAUACAGUGUAGUGACCAGAGUAGAUUUAUUGUGUAUAUAUCAUAUCCUGAACCAAGCCUCACUUUUUUUCUAAUUAAAACACUAGAAACAUUUGUA